GAAGGGGCCGACGGAAGCAGACCAUAAGAUAGAGGGAGUGGCGAGAAAGGGAAAGAGGAAACCAAAAAGAGAGCAGUCGAAGAGAUAGGAGGGAGGAGGAGCGAGGGGGAAGAGGAGAUCUGGCCGGAAAAUUUCCUUUUUUUCCCGAGCUUCUGAAAGGAUCCCGUUAGAUUGGCGCAGCUUUCUGUCGAGGGUGCCCUGGAUCUGGACUUUUUUGGGCGAGUGUGUGCGGCGGUCGGGUGUGAAGAGAAGAUCUGGCGGGGUGGAGUAAGAAAGGAUGACGGAAGAGAAGAGCCUGGUGAUCUGAUUGGAUGACAAGGAGAGAUGGAAAGGAAUCGUGAAGCGAGGAGAGGGACCAUGACGCCAGCGACGGCGACAAACGGAGGUGGCGGAGGGUUGCCAAGGAGGAGGCAGCGAAAUAGCAGCAGCUUUAGGGAAUCUCCUGAAGAGGACGUAAGGCUGGAGAUGCCGGACACAUCUAGGCUGCGGGAUCGAGGGGCCAAGAAAGAUCGAGAUCGGGACAGAUCUAGCCGGAGCAGGAGGAGAAGAGGGGAGAGGAUGCUUCAUGGAGGCAAUAGAGACAGAGAUGAAGGCGAUGAAAGCUCUGAGGAAAGUAUGGACCAGGACGAGGAGGAUGAAGAUGAGGGCAUGUCGGUUCCUGUGCGUCUGCCUCCGUCUUCUCCUCCUCUGCCAAAUCCGGUGACUGCUUCUUCGCCGCAACAAAAUCAGCAGCAUAGUAAUCACCACCAUCAUCAACAGCCGCUUCGGAAGAGCUUUCCGUCAAAAGCGGUGAAGUGGAAGACAGACGAGAUGAUCGGUGUUCCUGUACCGAGAAAAGCUCGUUCAGCAUCUACGAAAAGGGCACAUGAACCUCUAGUUACUGGAGGUGGUGAACAUAUCAUUCGCCAGGCAUCCAUAUCGCCCUCGAGACUAAGCCCUGCUUCUACCGCUCAACUUUCCCCAUCUUCUUCCAACGGUUCCAUUCGAAAAAAGAUGAAGCCGAUGAGUGUACCGAAACACCGGCCUCCAAAGUUUUGCAAAUCGGCAUCUUUGUGUCAAGAUGAGAUCGAGAUUGAGGUCGCGGAGGUUUUAUUUGGGAUGACAAGGCAAUUCGACUCUCUUCCAAAGCAGGAUAGCCACAAGAUGGAUUCUAGGGAUAUAGAUGGUGGAUCGGGCAAUGAAGCUAAAUCUAGAGUUUCAUCACCUGGCUCAGUCUCUCCAUCUCCGGCAGCAUAUUCAGCUGUACUUCCUUCUUCCAAUUCAUGUUCUAAUCCUGCCCCCUUGCCUACAAUUGCUCCAAAACGAAAGAGGCCAAGGCCCGUGAAAUUUGAGGAAGAAAGCCUCACGAGCCCAGUGGUGUUGCACAGUCUCUCGAGUUUAUCAGUAGCUGUAGCCAAAGUGGAAUCUGAAAACCAGAUUAAGCCGGAAGAUUCGUUGCUAAUGUCAGAAAAGAACACUGCAGCUCCUGUCAAAAGUGGAGGUCCGCUGGUUGAUUUUCCGGUCUCUGAGACUGGACUCUCUGACGUGCAACGGCAUGAGUCGGCGAAGUCCGUGAAGAGUAAGAUUCAUGAUCUGAUUCCGGCAGGAGGGUCCAAUACGGGAGGCAGGGUGGAAACUAAAGAGGAGCUUGUUGUCACUCAUACAAACGGCGACUCGGAUGGCAACCUCUGUGAAACCACCGCCCAAAAGAACGCGCCGCAGAGCCCUAAUGGGGAAAAAUUCAAGUUCGAUCUUAUGGCUCCUCCUCCCGGAAAGCUAUCUCCAGGGAGGGAUGAAUUUAAUGUCUUUGACCCAGAUCACAAUCUACAGGGCCCAGACAUUGAAAUGGCGCCGAAAGUGAACAAGGAUAAGGCAGAGGAAAAACGCGCAGAUAUUGCAGUGAUGAAAGAUGAGCAUCACAUCUUGAAGUCUGGCGAGAAAGAUACUGACUCGAGGAAGCAAGCAGUCAUCAAGCAAGCCUUCGAUCUUCAACUUGAUCUGGAGAAGCCUAAGGAGGAUGUAGGCUUCGAUAAAAUGCAAACUUCUAAGCAGCAAUCUAAAGAUCCCAAGGCACAGGAGAAAUCUGCGUCCUCUGUACAUGUGCCAUUGACAGUUGGAACUUGGCCAGGGGGUUUUCCACCUUACGGAUACAUGGGUCAAGUUCCACCUUUGCAAGCCGCUGCUCCAAUAAAUGGAACUACAGGCACUUCCAGUUCCUUGCAGCCACCUGCUUUUCUCCAAUCGCUUCCUCGUCCUAAGCGCUGUGCUACACAUUGUUUCAUAGCACAGAUGAUAUCCAACUGUCAGAAAUUUGCAAAGAUGAAUAGCUUCUGGACUGCUGCAUCUGGAGCUGCACCAUUCUAUGGGGCUAAGCCUUAUAAUCACACUAUGGUUGCACCUUCUGACAGUGCUCUUUCUGGACAUCAGAUGCAAGCAGGCUUCCUAGGUGCUACUGCAAGCACAUUGCAAGACACUAAAGGGACGCCAGUACCAACUUCAUCAUUCACAGGUAAUAGUGCUUCACAGGAGAAGAUGCUACAACCCAAUAAUAAUACAAUCAACGAAACUGCUCAGAGAAAGCAAGUAAUUUUCCAGCAAAUGCCUCAAUCUGGAUCAACAAGUAAUAUUGCGCAGGCUCCUGCAUUCAUAUUCCCCAUAAGCCAGGCACAGUUGCUGCAGCCUGCUGCCGCGGCAUCUGGUGCUGGUAGAGUUGGGGCAGCCAAAUCAGCAACUGCUAGCUCCAGUGGUGAGGUGCGGACGACUGCUGCUAUUGGUUCUGCUGUGGGUAGUGGCGUGGCUGGUGGAUCGGCUACUCCAGUGAACUUGAGUUUCGCUAAUAUGCCUCCAAAUGACGCUCAGUAUGUGGCUUUUCUGCAGAACUAUGGAUAUCCUUUUCCUAUUCCUGCCCAAUUUACAGGGGCUCCAUUUAGGGGAACAAGUCAUGCGCAAGCAAUGCCCUUUUUCUACCCUCCUCACAUGCUUCACCCACAACAACUACGCCCACAGCAGCAGCAACAAGGAGGUUCACUGCCUCAUGUUCAACAAAGCCAUCAAAAUCCAAGCCCUUUGAGCGGGUCCUCACAUAAACAUUCACAGCAAAGUACUAUUGAGUUUCCGGCUACUAAUCAGCGGCAAGAUCUCAUGCCCCAGCAAGGUCGUCCUAAGGAGCGCAGCAAGGGCACGGAUGAUAAUCUUCCUUCUGCUGAUGCUGCUAUUCAUGCGGGGGGUCAUGGUGAUAAGCAGCCAAUCUAUCAGCAAGCACAACAGAAGCAGAACAUGAAGGUAGAACUGACACCUCAAGCUUUUACAAUACCCUUUGCAUCCUAUGCUGGGGCUGUAAGUUCAUCAACAGGUCUUGACUUCUCCAUGGCACAGAAUCAUGUCAUUUUACAAAGCUUUCCUGAAAAUUCCAGACAUGCUUACUACCAGAUGGCAUCUGCUCCGGUAGCUGCCACAACACAAGCUACAGAGCAGAAGAAGAGUAACCAUGAAUCAGAAGAUGGGAAACCUUUAGCUAGGCAGUUAAUGAACACAAAUAUAAAUGAUGAUGAAGAUAGAAAGGCAGUAGUGGCUGGCAAGGGUACUCAGCAUUCCUCCCUUUCAUUUGCUAAAGGUGAUGCUGAUAUUGCCAUCACAUCUGUUCUCGGUAACAGUAUCAAUGAUAUGUCAUCCCGACAAGUAAACCAUAUUCAACCUCUGACAAGUAGAUCAUCUGAUCGUCCUGUAGGAACCAUUCCAGUUAGUACUUCUCUCACAGCUAACACCAUUUCUACUAAUUCCCAUCAACAGCAACAGCAUCCAAUUCAUCUUCCAAAGCACCAGCAGCAACAGCUGCAGAUGCAGCACCAUCUUGCAUCCUCUCGUUCAAAAACUUCAGGCUCAGGAAGCAGUGUUGGCGUUCACCCUGAGACUCUUUCUGGAGGGUCUACCAUUACUAUGUUCCCACAUGCUCUAACAGGGUUUCCUCAAGCACUUGUGCAAGGUGGAAGUUCCAUCCAGUGGCCUCAGAGCAAGGGAUCUGCUGGAAGAAAUGUGGAUCCUACUGGAGCAUCACCUGCUCCAUUGGUUAAGAAUAACUUCUUCCAACUGCAAGGAAGAACAUCCCAACAGUCGGUUCCUUCCCAAGGCCACCAAACUCAGAUAUCAUUUGGCAUUAAUGGAAAUAAACAGGGAGGUCAACACCUUUCUGGGGUAUGUGGCAGUCCAUCUCCAUCUUCUGCCGCAAUGACUGGUUUAUCACCUUCAAACUCGGUCUCAAGGAGUGCUGAUGGCAGUCCUAGAGCAUCUUCAAAUGUAAAACCCAGUUCUCAAGCGUCUGCAAUUUUGCUUCCUCCGCAAACUGCUGUAAAGCAAUCCACAUCAAGCUCUAGCUCAAAGUCAAACAUGAGUAACUCUACCAUGCCAUCCAUGCUAGGGCAUCAUUCUCAGAAACUUGCUGCCCCCAGCUCAGUCACUAAACAACAGCAACAGUCUCAGCCACCAAAGCAACAAUCCUCUGAGGCUCAACUCUACUUCUCUAAUCCCCAUAUGCAGCAGGUUCAAUGUGCUCAGUCUAAUGCGCCCGCUCAAUAUUUUCAAAAGAGACCAUCUGAACAAACAAGACAAGCUCAACAAAAGCAACACAACAUAGUUCCAUCAACUUCCAGUAUGCUUUCCCUUUGUUCCCCCUCAGCACUUGCACAGGCUGGUGUUUCUACAACUUCAGAUCCAGCAAAGGCAUUGGCAAUGAACUCUCUGGCUGCAACUAAUAAUUUGAAGGGUUUGCCGCCAACUACCUUCCUCAAUGCUGCUCAGCUAGCUGUAGCAGCUCAGUCUGCCUCGGGUUCUCCUCGACCUCCAAUUUCUGCUACAUUCUCAUAUAUGUCUUUGCCGCCAUUUUCUGUGAAGCCCUCGUCUGAGCAGAAACCCACGGCCAGUAAAUGAGCUGACAAUUUGCAAGCCUGCUGGCAGCCUGAGAAGAGGUAGUAUACUGGACUGAAACAAUGAUCAGGCAACUUAUGCUGCAAGGAUGAAUGCUGAAGCUUGGGCAUAUUGGCUGCAUCCGGCCUCCUUGCAUCUCUUCUGAAAUUAAACAAGAGGACUCGGCUCUCCCAAACUGCCCCCCACUGCUCAAAUCUAUGGAGCCGAAGUUGAAGAUUAAAAAUUGAAGGAAACUGAAAUCUAUGGGGAGAAGCAGAGGGAAAAAUGGCACUGAUUUAUAACCUUUAAGCAUUUUGACAGUCGGUUAAAGAUACAGUCCAGAGCAGUUUAGGGAAAACAAUUGACUGUACCAAAGAUGUCCUCUUACGAUUUGUAUGAUGCAGUUAAAUGCUAACCACCAUCACCAACUGUUUCGUUUGUUUUAUUCUAGCUCAUUAACAGGACAGAUAUAAUUAAAUUAAUAUCAUCAUUACCUGUAGCCCCUCGAUUUUUCACA